AUGGGGAGGGAAGGUGAUGGUUGGGAUUCCGAUACGUUUGAUGAGGAUAUAGGAUUCAAUGUGGAGACCAUGGAGUACAAAAACAUUAGUUUCACCAUUUGGGAUGUUGGUGGCCAAAAUAAGAGUUACCACUUCCAAAAUAUUCAGGGUCUUAUUUUUGCUGUCGACAGCAAUGACAGAGACUGUAUUAUCGAGGCAAGGGAUGAACUCCAUAGGAUGCUUAAUGAGGAUGAGUUACCUGAUGCUGUAUUGCUUGUUUUUGCAAAUAAGCAAGAUAGUCCCAGCACAAUGAAUACAGCCGAAAUUACUGAUAAGCUUGGGUUUCAUUCCCUGUCUCAGCGAUGCCGGUAUGACUCUUGA